AUGGAAGGGAUUUGGAGAUUUAAAUAUCCAUUAGUUUGUGGUAUUUGUGGGAGUAUUGGAGGAUUAUUUAGUAAAGGAAUUAGUUCAACAUAUAUUCCAUUUGCACAAAAUCAAUUUAGUAUUAUUAUAAGAUUUUUAUGUGUUAUAUUAAUGUUUGGAUGUAAUAGUGCUGGAGGAUUCUUUUUUGCAAAAGCACUUAGUGAAUUACCAUCUCUUACAGUAACAAUUAUAUCUACUAUAACAGGAUUUAUUAUGUCUGGAAUUAUUGGAGGAUUAAUAGGAGAAUAUAUUCCAAUACAAUGGUAUUUUGGAAUGAUUAUUCUCAUAAUAGGAGUAAUUUUACUUAUUGUUGAUAACUAUGAAAAAGAACAACAGUAUCAAACAGAUAUUAAAGAAGAAUAA